CCAGAGAACCCGCUGCGGAGCUUUAUGCGACAGCUCUGUGCAAUAAGAAUACGUCGUCCCGCACACAAAGGGCUCACUCAUCACUGCCAAGCUCUGGCAAAGGUCGUUCGGGGAUUCAACAAGCACCACCUAACGGGUCGAACACAAGCUUGUCGUAACCGCAGUACCGCUAUCGGCAUCAGGCUUCCCGCGACGCUCCAGCGGGCAAUACAACGCGGUAUUGGCCAAUGACUUGCUCUGGUCUUCUAUCUGAAGAGGGGCGUCUCUGCAUUGGCUGGGUCGGCACGAGAGCCUGACCUAGCCAUCAGAGUUGCUCUAGCUGUGCACUACUCUCCAAGGUUCGUGCUACACAAGAUCUUCUGACAGGGUAGCAUUGUGGUAUGAUGACAUCUCUCGCUUGUUGCGGUUCAUAUUUGGUGGAAGCUGCACCUUUACUCGGACGUCAAUUCUCGUUCAAGCUCAGUUCGUCACAAUAGAAGAACAUGAUGUUCAAGCGCUGGGAUAUCCUUCUGCUAGUCGGCACCUUCCUGCUGUCCGCCGUCUCUGGCCAUCGCCGUGAUGUUUCUCGAAACCGAGGGUAUACUGCGAAAGCACUGGAGGAUAUGCGAACCAGGUCUCUCUAUGGCAGGGAUACCCCGCCAGCACAACGACUGUACUAUACGAAUGCGACCGAGAAAUAUUACGUCGAGUCUCUGCCCGACAUCCCCAAGACCUUUAUGACCGAGAUGUACUCGGGUGUUAUUCCCCUUAACAUGUCGGAUAACAGCCGUGGCAUGUUUUUCGUCUUCCAGCCUCGUGUGGGGCCACCAGUUGAGGAGAUCACUAUUUGGUUCAAUGGCGGUCCAGGCUGUAGCUCUCUCGAAGGGUUUCUUCAAGAGAAUGGCCGCAUUCAAUGGUCUUGGGGACAGUAUUCACCAGGAAUCAAUCCCUACUCAUGGGUGAACUUGACGAACAUGCUUUGGGUCGAGUAUCCAAUCGGCGUGGGCUUCUCACGAGGCGAGCCGACCGCCACGAAUGAGGAAGAGCCUGCGGCUGAAUUCAUCGAAUUCUUUCGCAACUUCCAGACGAUUUUCAACAUCAGCGACUACAAGAUAUAUGUCACGGGCGAGAGCUAUGCCGGCCGAUACGUCCCGUAUGUCGCGAAUGCGAUGCUUGAUCAGAACGAUACUACGCAUUUUAACCUUUCAGGUGCUUUGGUCUACGAUCCGUGCAUCGGCUCCUAUGACUACCUCAACGCCAUAGCGAUAUACCCAUACAUUCAACAGAACAACAACUUCAUGGGGUUCAACGACACGUUCGUGGAUCAUCUCGCCCAGCGCGACCAGACCUGUGGAUACUCGCAGUACCGCGAGAACUUCCUGCAGUUCCCGCCCAACGGCACACAGCCGGCGCUGUAUCUCAAUGCGACGGCCGACCCGGACUGCGACCUGUGGGAUCUCGUGUAUGAUAGCGCCUACAGCGUCAAUCCGUGCUUCAACGUCUACGAACCGAACCUGCAGUGCCCCCUGCUCUCCGACCCUCUGGGGUUCCCCAGUGAUCUGAUCUAUUCCUAUCCCGGACUGCCGCCGUAUUUCAACCGCACCGACGUGAAGAAGGCCUUGCAUGUUCCCGUGGACAGUGACUGGACGCUGUGCACGGGGCCGGUCUUCGUCGGUGAGGGCGGACCACAAGACCUGGGGGAUCUGAGCCUCGACCCGAUCCAAGCUGUCCUCCCCAGAGUCAUUGAAGCGACAAACCGAGUCUUGGUGUCCAACGGUGCACUGGACAUGGACCUGCUCCUGAACGGGACCAUGCUCGCGAUCCAGAACAUGACCUGGAACGGCCAGCUGGGGUUCCAGACGGCGCCGUCCAAGCCCAUCGUCAUCACCAUCCCGGACGUCCAGUACCAGCAGGUCUUCACCGACAGCGGCUUCGACGGGCUGGACUUCCACCAGGGCGUGAUGGGCGUGCAGCACUUCGAGCGCGGGCUGAUGUGGGCCGAGACCUAUCUCAGCGGGCACAUGCAGCCUCAGUUCCAGCCCCGGAGCUCCUAUCGGCACCUGCAGUGGCUGCUGGGGCGGAUCGACGCGCUGUGAGGGGUAGCUUACGUGUGCGAGCGGGAUCGAUUUGACAGAGUUGACACCGUUAUCGUUUGCAGAAGAGCAAGCUCGGGGGGAUCACCCUGACACAGCAAAGAGACACUUCAGCCUGAUCAGCCCCCCCUUAGUCGAGCCUUCAACAGAUAUCUUUCCGGAUAUAAUACCCUAGCAAACUCAUCAUGUAGCUGCGUGCGGUGUAUAUAUAUAUAUAUAUAUAUGAG